CUUGCCACGGUUUGACAGAUUCACUGCCUCCCUCUGAUACAACAGCUGAGAAAGCAGACAGACCAUCACCCAUCUCAACAAUGAAGUCAGCAGCUCUCCUCGCACUUCUGGCCGUCCUGCUCUUCGUAGAUGUGAGAGGGCAACGGGAUUCUGCGGGAAGAUGCAAGUGCCUGGGUGCAGGAGUGAAUGCCGUCCGUCCAAACCGCAUUGAGAGGCUUGAGGUUCUUCCUGCUUCUGCCUCAUGCCCCAACAUGGAAAUCAUUGUCACUCUGAAGGAGAACGGAGGACAAAAGUGCCUGAAUCCAGAGAGCGCUUUUGCCAGAAAUUUUGUCAAAAGAGCCAUCAAAAAGAGGAGUGCACAGUAAAUUCCACUGGAUCUCUCUCUGAUUCUAGAGGCAGCUAAUAUUGAAAAUGCACUUUCUUUCUAAGAGCCUAACAUGGAAACUAUAAGCUAAUUGUUUCAUAACAUGGGUGUUCUCUCAGAGCAGCCAUACUUUUAUAUGUAUUUGCUUGUUAUAUUUGGGAUGUGUGUUCCUGUUCCUAUCUGGUGUCUGUUUGGUGAAAUGUUGUUUACAUUUGUUCAAAUGUGAUGUUUAUAAAGAUAUCUACACUGAAAGUUGAAAUACUGAUAUACUGAUAUGUCAUGAUUUCUAUUAUGUUGUGAAUAUGAAGAAGGAAAUAAAAUGUUG